AUGGAGUGCUAUAUACCAUUAGAUUCGACAAUAUCGAAUACCGACUAUGAGGCUUUAAAUGAAUCUCACAACAAGAGACAAUUUGUUAUCUUUGAUGAACAAUUGAAACUAGUGUUACACUCGACAAAUAAUUCAGAUGAUGAUAGAAACGUGGCUCUAAAAUCAUUCAGUGUGUGGAUCAAUGACUCAAUGAUGCUAGAAUCAACAGAUAUGUCCUUAUUUGAUGUCGAUGCAACACAAAAUUGUUGGAUCAUGAAGCCAACCGUUUGCGCUGAACAAUUGUUUAGAUCGACAGUCGUGAUGAAUAAUGCUUAUGAUAACAAUAUUAAAUUCAAAGUUCAGUAUGGCUCUAUAGACAGGAAGAGUAAUGGUACCAUUAAGAACAGUAAACAUGAGAAUACUGACGAUGAAGAGAAUGAAUAUUUACCCAAUUUUGAACCCAUACAUAUUUGGUCUCAAGUUCACAAUAAAAAUGAUAUGUCAAUUGCACCAGUAAAAGAAGAGGAACCAACAAAUGGGGACCAAGAAGUGACGACAUUAAUAUCCUCAACUGAAGAGCCAGAGGAACUUACUUUAGAGUUUCCAAUAUAUUCUUUGUUAAACAUGAGACUACGAAACACAUCAUUACAUAGUAAACAACACAUAAUUUCUUCAUUGGAUUUCCAGACUUCUAAAGCUGCCACUCAAUUAUCUGAUAGGUACAGUAUGACGAAUGGGAAUAACACUCUGGAGUUCAAAUUUGAUGAGGUUCGUUAUUCAUUACUCGAUAGAAACUCUCAUAUACGAUUGGAUCCAAUCGUCCCAUUAGAGAUUCCAUUCAAAGCUCAGACCCACGAUAGUUUCAGCAUAUGUUACAAACUACCAUUAUUGAAUAAUUCUUCAAAUAAUAUACCACAUCGUGUACGUGUCAAACUCAUUUACAAAAUCAUCAUAUCAAUGAAUCAAGAAUUAAAAGCGUGCCUACCGGUAUUAACAUCAUGGGAAACUGAUGUUACUAUAAAGAAACCCGUGGAUAAUAGUGUACUAUCUAGGGUCGCCUCUACAUCUGUAUUAUCAACACCAAAAUUGGUCUCAAAUAGUAAAAGAUUCCCAAGUCUGGCAACACAUCUUAAUCACAGCAUAGGUAACUUUCCAACUACGAGUAAUGGAAAUUUACUGUACAAUUCAAGUAACAAUUUGCAACAAAAUUCAAUGACUUCAUUGAUUAAUAACAAGAUGGAUAAUGUUAAAUUUAAAUUCCUCAACAACAAUUUACAAGUUAUGAAAGGUGAAAAGUUCCACAUGAGAUUACAGAUUGUCAAUUCAUCGAACAUACCAUUAGAUCUAGUCGUUUAUUAUAACAACAACAAGAAUUCUAGUCUGGCUUUAGGGUCAAGUGGUAGUAAUGGGAACAACAUUAACAAUUCGUUCGCAACAUUACCACCAACAAAACAAUAUCAAAUAUACAGGAAAUUUAGUAAAGUAACAGAGGGGAUUAUACUACUAUCAAAUGACUACAAGGUACCUAUAAUCCAGCCCAAGCAAACAUAUUUUGUCGAUCUAAGCUUCAUUGCUAUCAUGUCCGGUUAUUACUCUACCCUUUCUGCUUUGAAAGUAUUAGACUUACAGACCAAUGAACUCAUAGAAGUAGGCUUGGGUGCAUCGAUAUUAGUCAAAUGA